AUGGCUGAUCUUGAGGAGGCGGCUUCUAACUCACUAUCCGUCUCUGCGAGAGACUUCUUCAAUUCCGGCGCAACGAACCAAGUCACACUCCACGACAAUUAUGCUGCGUAUAGAAAGUACCGUCUCCUACCAAGGGUACUGAGAGAUGUCUCGCGUGUCGACACUGGGGUUUCCCUCUUUGACCGAGAUAUCACAUUUCCCCUUUGUGUCUCACCCGCCGGAAUGCAGGCUUUGGCUCACCCAGAAGGCGAGCUAGCCACAAGCAGAGCCUGUGCCAAAAUGGGCGUCAAUAUGGGUGUCUCCUCCUAUGCCAAUCACUCGGUUGAAGAGAUUACCAUCGCUGGAAAAGAAGUGGGACCAAUUCAUCAUGUGAUGCAGCUCUACGCGAUGAACGACAAAGCUAAACAAGAACGAAUUGUCCGUCGGGCCGAGGCUGCAGGCUGCAAGGCUAUAUUCCUGACUGCGGAUAGUCCCGUACUUGGGGUGCGCUGGAAUGAAUGGCGGAAUGGAUUCAUUCCUCCAGUUGGCUUGGGGUAUCCGAUGUAUGAAAGAACAUCUGCCGAGAUUCAGCAACAAUCUCACGAUGAUGGUUUUAGCUCGACAAACUCGGAUUCCCAUUCCUGGGCCACGGAGAUACCGUGGCUGCGCAGCGUUACGAAGAUGGAGAUUUGGAUUAAAGGCGUUCUCACCCCGGAAGAUGUCGAGACUGCUAUUGAAUAUGGCUGCGAUGGUAUUAUCAUUAGCAAUCAUGGUGGUCGGCAGCUGGAUGAGACACCGGCCACAAUUGAUGCGCUUCCUGCCUGUGCUAAGGCCGCGCGGGGGCGGAUCAAGAUUCAUAUUGAUGGUGGAAUUCGAUCUGGGGUGGACAUUUUCAAAGCCUUGGCUCUUGGUGCUGAAUGCUGCUGGGUUGGCCGUCCUGCACUUUGGGGACUCGCGUAUGACGGUCAACAGGGAGUCGAGCUAAUGCUCAAGAUCCUGUUCGAUGACUUCAAGCGAUUUCCUGGACGUGUCCAGGUGAUCUCGGAAUGCAACCGACUCAUUGGUGGACAGAGCUCCACCUGGACAGGGAAGCUGGAGCCGCCAAGAGUUCCUCAUGGUCCCGAGUGUGACGCCAUUCCCCAGCUUCUCCUCGUUGCCCAAGUAAUAUGCACCGAGACUCAUUCAGUCCAUGAUUCUCAGAUACGCAUCUUCCUGAAACAGUUGAGCACAGCAAACCCCAAUUACUCGUUGCACAGUAUGGAGUCCGAGAAAGGUCCACUUCUGGAUGUAAACGAAGUCUACGAUUCCGAGGACAAUGGCGUUGUUUCCAGCCACACCCCUCACAACAAAGGACAAAGAACUCGCCCCUGCUGGGCGAGAACCCUGAGAAAAGGCCUCUGUGUCUUUGUGAUCACCGGUCUUGUUACCUACUGUCUAAGUCCCCCGCAUAGCUAUCCGCCUACCGAGGAGGACCCGUCCCCGCUGCCCGAGGCUCCCCCGCUUUGCCAGUCGCAAGAAUGCAUUCAUGCUGCAUCUGAAAUCCUCUACAAUCUGGACCCCAACUAUGCGGACAUAGAUCCUUGCACUGAUUUUGACCAAUAUGUUUGUGGUGGAUGGAGGGAGCACCAUGACAUGCGGCCCGACCAGGGAUCGAUAUUUGCGGGCACAAUCAUGCAAGAGAACGCCCAGACUAAACUUCGCCAUAUCUUGGAGCGUACAGAACCGCCGCAGUCAUCUGAUGCUGAUAAUUUCAAGAAACUCAAAGCAGCGUACGAUGCUUGCUUGGACGAGGCUACAGUCAGCAAACGAGGCAGCAAGCCUUUGACUAAUAUUCUGGAUGAGCUGAAGACUAUCUACCCUGCGAAGGCAGGUCUUGUGAAAGGAGCGCAAGAUCAACUCACCAAUGCUCUGUUGUAUCUAGCGAAUGCUGGUGUCGAGGCUCUGGCUUCUUCCGGUGUUACUCCCGACGAUCGAGACCCUGAUAAUGUUGUUAUCAUGAUCUCUCCGCCUCGCGAAAUCGGACUACCAGCGAGAGAGUACUAUAAUAACACAAAGACCGUGGCUGACUAUACUACCGUUUUGAAGCAAGUUGUUCGGGGACUUGCUGGAGAUGGAUUCGACAAAAUUGCCGAGGAUGUUGUAGCCUUUGAAAAGAAGCUCGCAGAUGUGACUCCGGACACCCAAACCCAGGAAGAUGUCACCAAAUACUACAACCCCCUUAGUAUCAAGGAAACGGAGGCACUGGUGCCUGAGAUUUCUUUUGCUAAUAUUAUUUCAUCUUUGGCGCCCCCUGACUACAAAGGUGAUCGCCUAAUUGUUGGGUCGCCUUCCUAUAUGAAGGCAUUGUCUGUUCUCUUGAAAGAUACACCCAGAGAGACCGUUUUGCUCUUCUUGCAAUGGAAGCUCAUCCAAGCGCUUGCGGAUGUUAUUGAGGAUGCCUCUGUUGAACCCCUUCGGCGAUUCAAAAACGAACUCGCUGGCAAAGAACCUCAGGCCAAGGAGGAGAGAUGGCGUAAAUGCCUUGGGCAUCUGGAUGAAGGGCUUGAAUGGAGUCUCAGCCGAUUCUAUGUGCUCGAUGCGUUCUCCGAGGACUCAAAGAAACUUGGCGAUCAAAUCGUGUCUGAUAUCAAGGAGCGAUUUGUUUUCACCCUGGAUCAAACUAGCUGGAUGUCUCCAGAUGUGCGAAAAUUGGGCAUUGAGAAGGUGGGGAACAUUAUCCAGAAGAUCGGAUUCCCCACAAAGAGUCCCAAUGUUUUGGACCCCGAGGAUGUGAAUAACUUCUAUCGGGACCUGGAAUUGUCCAAGGACACCUUCUUUGAGAAUGAGGUGGCUGUGGCAAGGUUCCAACUUCGCAACGAAUGGUCUAAGCUCGGCAAGCCCACCAACCGUGACGAAUGGGGUAUGAGUGCACCGACCGUCAACGCUUAUUACAACCCGCCAGGCAAUGAGAUCGUCUUCCCUGCCGGCAUUAUGCAGCCGCCAGCGUUCUACGGACCUUCCGCACCGUUGUAUCUGGCAUAUGGUGCAUUUGGUGCCGUCAGUGGCCACGAACUUUCACAUGCUUUCGAUUCUACCGGUCGCCACUACGACGAGAGUGGAAACUACACUAACUGGUGGGACGAUAAGACCGUUGAGGCAUUUGAAGAGCGUGCUCAAUGCUUUAUCGACCAGUAUUCCAAGUUUACCGUCACUGGUCCCGAGGAUAAGGUCCUCCACGUGAACGGACGACUGACAUUGGGCGAGAACAUCGCCGACGCUGGAGGUUUGACGGCAUCAUAUCACGCAUGGAAGAAGCACGAUGAGGCAAAGCCUGACCCCCACCUCCCGGGAUUGGAUGCAUUCACCAAAGAGCAGCUGUUCUUUAUAUCUUACGGUAAUUGGUGGUGUGGAAAGACUACCAAGGAGGCAGCUGAGCAGGCGAUCUAUAAUGAUCCCCAUGCGCCUAAAUCAGCACGAAUUAUUGAAACCAUGGCCAAUUCUAGGGAGUUCAAGAACGCCUUUAGUUGCCCAGAUAGGAAGCCGGUUUGCAAGCUCUGGUAG